GUCCAAUGAGACACCGGGUUGGGUCCGGUGAUCUGCGGGCGACGGGCACUUCGUCAUUCCCUGUAGUACCACAGUAGAACAUCUUUCUACUCCGGAGGAAGAUGGCGGCUGAGCAGAGGAGGAUGUCUGGUCGGGGCCGUAUGGCGACAUUUCUAGCCGUGUUGUGCACCUUCUCCUCCGGGAGAUGUGACGAACAGGUGCCGCUGAUGCUGUGGACGAGUGAAGGGUCUGGUCUGCCGUCUCAGGCUGUUCCUGCUGCUGGUCACAUAGUGGGUGUCACUCAGCUGAGCUCAUACCUGGAGACCGCCCUGGGGUCAUCCCCGCGCAACGUACUGCUCUUCCUGCAGGACAAGAUGAGUAUUGAGGACUUCACCAUGUACGGAGGGGCAUUUGGCAACAAGCAGGACAGUUCCUUCCCUAACCUAGAGGGGGCGCUCCUCUCCAGCCCUUCCCCUUUGGUCCUGCCUACCGUGGCCUGGCAAGCAUCCAAUGCUGUGAUUGGUCAACUCCAGGACCAAUUAGAUACCUCUCCUCUCUACAUGGACCCAGAGAUGCUCAGCCAGCUACGCCUCAAUGCUUCUACCCCCGCCCUGCUGGUCUUCAGACUACCCUACAGCACCGGGGCCGAUCUGAUGUCCGUGAAGGAGGUUCUCAGCGGGAAUGAUGAGGUGAUUGGACAGGUGAUGAACAUUAUGAAGAGCCAGUCUGUCCCCUACACUGCCGUCUACACUGCAGUGAGACCAUCACGG